AUGGCCGUUGUGGAAAAUUGGGGCCCUCUGGUCGCUGUUGGCCAUGGCCUGGAGCUGUUGCUGAUGCUGCCUUCGCCGCAAGAAGAGCUCCGGACGAAGCACCUACUCUUCUUCUUCUCGAUCAUGCACUGGCUCAGUCAGGCCAAACUACUGGCGAUGCUGCAAGUGCUCCGGCGGCUGGUACAGCUACCAGAUCAACGACUCUUGCCCCAUGUGCCAGUCCUGGCGCUGCGACAACUGCGAAUACUCUAUGAGCUAAAGCCGGCCAAGAUUCCAUCAUCUUCGACCGCAGUUGGCAACCCUGCUGCUGUACUACAACAUGUAUUCGCACUUAGAUUGGCAUUAGAUGAGCAUUCAGCGGAAUUCGCAUUCCACCACUACAGAGCAUGA